UCUGUAUUUCAAACAACUCAGCCACCUGCUUUGAGUAACCACGAAGACCUGGAGCAGUCGAAGUUUAAUGCCAGCAACAGAGAAAGAGUGAUUAGUGCAAUUUCUAUAAAACUCAGUGUUGUGUCGAAAAAUGGUUGAAUCAAAAUAAUCAGCAGGUGCUGUGAGUGAAGCCCCCUCUGAAUGUGUACAAGUUUGUGACGUACUUGUGAGUGUGAGCUGAGCCUGUGCGACCAUGCCAGGGUCUGGGAGCGGUUUAUCGGUGCAGCGCUGCCUCACCUUCACCACAGGUCUGGUGGAGUGCCUGUGUUUCGCUGGAGCUGUGUUUGGUUGGGCUUCUCUUGUGUUUGUCCUCAAGGAAGAAGGCUACUUCAGCUCUCUGUGUGUCAACGGCACAGGAGUCAAUGGAACACACAUUUUAGAUUGCGCCGGACAGGAUGAACAGUUCUCGCUUAUUUUUACCAUUGCGUCUUUUAUGAACAACUUUCUGACGCUGCCGAAUGGUUUCCUUUUUGAUCGGUUUGGUACUACAGUGACUCGGCUCUACGGAAUAUUUCUUUACACCAUAGGUACAGUGAUGGUGGCCUUUUCUACUUCAGCUCUGGCCAUCCUGCUCUUCCCAGCUCUCUCCCUCCUGGCUGUGGGUGGCAUCUUAUUUCUGAUGACCAACAUGCAGGUAGGAAACCUGUUUGGCUCACGUCGCUCCACCAUCAUCACUCUUUAUAACGGGGCCUUUGAUUCUUCCUCGGCACUCUUCCUCGUCAUCAAGCUGUUGCAUGAACGUGGCAUCGCUCUUCGCUCCUCCUUCCUGUUUCUGUCCGCCUGCAGCGUCGUUCACCUGCUCAGGACUUUCUUCUUGCUGCCUCGGAAAUUGAUUCCAUACCCGCUGCCGGAUAACUACACAUACGGGAUAACCUGUGGUAAAUCGGACAAUCGUAUUGGUGAGGUGGCGGAAAACGGAGAUGCACAGAAGGUAGAGGAAGUGCCGCUCAACAAGGAUGCAUCUGCAAAGCAAGAGAAGAGUUUCCGUGACUGUUUGCUGUCCAGGUUCUUCAUGUGGCAUCUGCUUUGGCUGUCAGUGAUGCAGCUCAGGCAUUACCUGUUCAUUGGCACCCUAAACCCCAUGCUGCAGAGGCUCACAGCUGGAGAGUCCUCACUGGUGAGUCAGUACACCAAUGCCUUUGCGAUCACCCAGCUAUGUGGCGUGCUGUGUGCUCCCUGGAACGGCCUCAUUAUGGACAGACACAAGGGCAAACCACGAGCUGAAGGGGAGAGCGAGCAGGAGGUGGACCUGCGGGCGACGGUGCUUUCUCUCUUCCUGACGGCCCUGCAGUGCCUGUUGUUUUCCAUUUGUGCCUCCACCCCAUACCUGCCUCUUCAGUACCUCACCUUCGUCCUGCAGGUGCUCAACCGCUCCUUCCUCUAUGGCGGCAACGCGGCCUUCAUCAGUGUGGCGUGA